ACUAAGUAUGUCUACCUCAUUGAAAAACUUUUUCGACAAUCUACUUAUUAAGAAUGUGUCUAGUUCAUAUAACAAAAACCAAUCAAGAGAGCGAUUAAUUUAAUAAUUAUUUAAUUCAAAAUUAUAAUUUGUUUAUUGUUACAUUAGUUUUAGAGACAUAAUGGAACGUUUUACAAAAUCUCCAAUUAUUAACUACAUUUUGUACAUUUGUAAUGCGGUAUUUGCGGUAUUUGGAUUUGUGUUAAUAGUUGUUGGUAUUGUAAUGAUCAAAAAAAUUGGCGAUUUUACGAAAUUCCAAAAUGCUGCCGAUAUAAAAACGUUACCAACACUUGUCAUAAUAUUAGGAGUCUUUAUUGUAGCAGUUGCCAUCCUUGGAAGUUUUGGUGUAUAUAUAGAAAAUACAACAUUCCUAACUAUUUAUGCUUUUACAACAUUAAUAAUAUUUAUCCUUCAAGUUGCAAUGAUUACAUGGGUUUUUGUUAAUAUUAGCAAACAUCCUAAUGCCAUGAGGGAUUUAGUUUUACAGGCUUGGACACAGAAUUAUCCUCAGUAUUAUUAUCCUAUGGAUAUUAUGCAAAUACAAUUUAACUGUUGCGGUCGUUAUGGUCCAAACGAUUAUGGCACUAACAAGGUUCCCAAUUCGUGUUGUGGUGAAUGGAUUUUAGUCGACUGUCCGGACAAAGUUUACUUGACCAAACCUGGUUGUGCAAAUGAAUUUUAUGAUUUUUGGGCAGGCAACAACGAUAUUAUCCGAUUUGUUGGAAUUGUUUUAGCUGUUGCCCAACUUGUUGCCAUGGUCUUUACGUUUUAUUUUGUACGAGGAAUACUCAACUCUAACUAUUCAUAUUAAAUAUUAAUAAUAUUAAUUAAUCUUAAGAAGGUUAAUAAAGCACAGCAACAACUUUUCAAAUAUGCUGCUCUUUAUAUUUAUUAUGUUUUUUAAUACAAUAUUGUUAAUAAAAAUAAAUAAAUGAAAAGCUAUUUUCAUUUAGCUAUCUA